AUGCAUCUUUUAUCUAUAUCGCUGUUAUGGAUAAUCUGCUCUUCUCUUCAAGCGAAUGACAAAUAUGGUUCAUAUUUUUACGCAUUUGAUGAGGAUCCAACCGUACCAUCGUGUGAUAAGAAGCCAAUUAUGUUUGACUUAAUGGUUGAUUUUUUAAUGAUGGUUCAAGCAGAAGCAACGAAUAAUACACAACCAUGUGUCCGGGCUGGCCUGGGUCCCGGUUUCUUUGUACCUCCAUCAACCGCCCGAUCAGUUCAUGCUGUUGCUACCAUUGCUUAUAAUAUUUAUGCACGAUAUAGUUCAGUUGCAUUGCCACGUUCACAGUGGGAUGGAUGGGUUCGUAUGAGUGCCAAUACUAAAGCAGCAGAUUGUGUUUAUAUCUAUGGUGUUUAUUUUAUUGAACACUAUUUAUUACCGGAAAGAUUAGAAGUACAAAAAUUAAAAGAAAAAUAUGAACGAGACUUUGGGUGUACACUAAAUUGGGUUAAUGAUGGUUCAGGUAACGCAGAGUUAGCAUUAGUGUCAAAAGACGUUACACAUUUAAUAUCGGAAUUAGAGGACGAUGGUUUUAAUCAACGUGGUUGUUUUGCUGAUACAACAAAUUUUAAACCCAUAAAUCCACCAUGUACCUUCGAUAAUCGAACAACGGUUCAAGCUUGUUUUGAUUAUACCACUACACAUAAUACGACUCUAAAUUACGCCGAAAUUAUCAAACAUGGCUAUAUUAAUACUGCACGUUGUACAGCUCUAUCACAAUCUCAACGAUGUAAAACAUUUGCCUUACAAAAAUUAACUGAUUAUCUAGCUCCACCUUUAUUAGAAGCAAAAUCAUUUGAAAAUGGAACAUUUAUGGAAUUUGAUGAUCAAUUUUUAGAACUCAUUGAAAUUCAGAAAGGCCUAAACGAUGACAAUGCAAAACCACAAUUAAUUGCCGAAUAUUGGGCCGAUGGUCCAGGCAGCACAGCUACGCCUGGACAUUGGCAAUCUAUAACAUUAAAUAUGAUACACCGAUUAUGUUAUGAUAAUAAUGAUGCAGUGAAAAUUUUAUUUGUUGUAAGUGCAGCUACUUAUGACGCUGGCCUAGCUGCAUGGCAAAAUAAAAGAUUAUUGGCAUCAUUCACAUAUUAUGCACUGAACUUUAGUGAUGACCGUGAAAUAACUGUGGGAUAUGUGGGUAACGAUUUUUUUCAAAAUCAUUAUAUAUUUUACAAAAUCCAGUGCUGCAGAAGUUUUACAGGACAAUGGGUACUAUUACAUGUUAAAGAUUGUUAUAUGAUGAUCAUUAAGAAGCCAAAAAGCACAUUUCGCAAUACUAGAAUCACAUCAUACAAUUCUGUUCGUCCAGCUACAUACAUUCCAACACAAAAAUUAAAUCAAAUCUUUACACAACAAUUUCGUGGAAUGUAUUGUGAUUUUGGUACUAUUGAGGGAUGGCAAUGGUCCCCCUAUCAAGAGGACAGAGUAAUAACACCAGAAUUUCAAGAAUAUAUAAGUGGACAUAGCACAUUCUCCAGAGCAGCUUCUGUUGUUCUUGAAAAAUAUACAAAAAGUCAAAGUGUUCCUUACGGAGGUUUGGCAGUUACCAUUAAAGCAGGAAAAUCACUUUUCCAACCGAAAUGUGCUGCAAAUGAAUCAUGUUAUUACGCAUGUCGUAUUAAUAGUAGUCAAAAUUCAGAGAAUCAUUAUCAACCACAGGUUGAUGUCACUUUAGGUCCUUGGCGUACAUAUCGAGAAAUAGCUAAUGAAGCUUCUAUAAGUCGUAAAUAUGGCGGAAUUCACAUUGCUGCCGGGGAUAUAAAUGGGAGAAUCAUUGGACAGAAAGUUGGAGAAAUAGUGUGGGAAAAAGUCUCAUCAUUAUUCAACGAAGAUGCCACCCCUGGAUCUGGCCAGAAAUCAUCAUAUAACCACAACUAUUUGCUUUUAAGCUUUAUUUUUGCUUUCA